AUAAUAACAUUAUUUCAAACUCAACCAAACUUCAGCACUCAGUGUUUAGACUUGACUUGAUCAUGUUUUGAUCAUCAUUGAUCCUUAUAGUUGUGACCUGAUUGAUCUACCUAUUUGAUCACUGACAAGAUUUGAUUGAAGAAUAAAUGAAAAUGAAUUCUUUCGUCAUCUUAAUGCUAAUUGUACUGCAGGGAGCUUCCUGUUUGAACUCUUCUUCCCUCUACAAUCUGGGAAUAUUAAGAGAACGGCGAGAUUUAAUAUCUGAUCUGUCUCAUGCCAUUCACACUAUUCAGCAUGGCCUUUUGGGUGGAAAUAAAAGCCCUGGUAAACUUGGAAAAGGUCUUGGUGGACAUGGAAGCGCUCUUGGUGGACGUGGAGGCGCUCUCGGUGGACAUGGAGGCCGUCUUGGUGGACAUGGAGGCAGUCUAGAUGGACAUGGAGGCAGUCUAGAUGGACAUGGAGGCGGUCUAGAUGGACAUGGAGGCGGUCUAGAUGGACAUGGAGGUGGUCUUGAUGGACAUGGAGGCGCUCUAAAUGGACAUGGAGGCGGUCUUGGUGGACAUGGAGGCGGUCUUGGUGGACAUGGAGGCGGUCUUGGUGGACAUGGAGGCAGUCUUGGUGGAUAUGGAGGCGGUCUUGGUGGACAUGGAGGCAGUCUUGGAGGACAAGAAGGAUUAGGACUUGGAGGACCACUGUUAAGGGUCAGAAACCGUAGUAGAGGACCUUUAAUUCCUGUUGAAGGUUCACUUGGAGGUCCUGUUGACAAUCCUCUCGGAGGAGCCUUUGAAUAUUAUGAUUAUGACGGUCCAGUAUUUGGAGGUCCAAGAUUUCGUGGAAGAAGAUCAGAUAUGAACAUGUCUCGAAGAUCAAUCAAGAAAGGUUUGAAGAAUAUAGGAUGACUACAAGUACAUAGUAUGAUUAUACUCCCUGUGAUGCAUGUUUAUAUUUCACUGUUAGGCCUACGUUAGGUUAAUGUUAUAGUCACUAUUCGGCAUUAUGAUAAUAUUUCACUAUUUGGCCUAUGGCUAAUAAAAAUAAAUUUAUGGACAUAAAAUUA